UCUAGUGAUAUUAUGAUGAAUCACGGCCAUCGGCAAACCUCGGGCGGAACCGGUAGUACUCAUGUAAAUACAAGAACAUUCCAGUAUGGCCAAGGAAAAUAAUCAAUGUGAAAGCAGCAAGAUGAAGAAUGGUGUAGGGGAAGAUCCAUUGGAGUCUGGAAGUGAAGGUGCUGAAGAGCAGGUAGAAGGAGAGGAGGAAGAACCAGUGGAAGGGGGUGAGGAGUACGUGGAAUUAGACCAAACCAUCGACCAGUUGAGUUCCUGCCUUGACGUUCUUGAACAGAAAAGUGAGAGUUUGUCACAGAAGCUACAUGCACUUCUGCUAUCCAACAUGGAGACAAACGACGUGGCAGAACCCGUGAGCAAGGAGGAACACUCGUCGUCGUAGCUUUAGCAUAUUUCAGUUGGUGACAUGCAAUGGAUGGCUGCAGCUCACGUGUGAUGCAUCAUUCACUUGCCGGUGUCUAGGCUUGUAAAGAAUGGUAACACUUUAAAUCUACCAAGUGGGUGGUCUGGAGUAUUGAAACUGGUAUUCAAUUCUGGUGUGAAAUAAGUUGAAUGUCCUGUCAUUAUUUAUAUAUAUUAUCUAACAAAGAUUUAUUAAUAUGAACUAUCAGUUUAUCCUUGCCAUAGACAUUUUUUUUUAAUUGGUAUACCUAUGAGCUAUUAGUAAUAUAUUGUAAACAUCGAGAUGUAUAGUUAUAUAUCCGUUUCAAUUAUAAAUCUAACCAAUCAUGUUUUAUUGGUAAUAAAAAGCUAAAGAUUAUAAAAAA